AAAAACUAUUGACGUUUCCAUUUUGGAACAUUGUGUACGAAUGGUACAAAUGUUGCGGCAGUGACGCUUUCCAAGUUGUGAAUAAACCUUGUACUAUUAAAAGUAAAAUAUUUUAAUUUUGGAAAGUUCUGGUUGAUGCGAUGGCAUUGAAAACCUAUGGCGACAAGCCUCUGAGCUUCCAAAUUGAGGAAAAUGGAGAAUAUUUCUGUAUUGGCUCGGAGGUGGGAAAUUAUCUCCGAUUGUUUCGAGGUGUGCUCUACAAGAAAUACCCGGGCAUGGUUCGGCGGAUGUUAUCUCCAGAGGAACGAAAGAAAUUGCUUGACUCCGGUAUUAGUAAUCAGUUUCUAGCAAGUUCGGUGUCUCUACUGAAGGCAAACGAAGUGCAGGAUAUUCUAGAUGGGAACGAUGAAAAAUACAAAGCCGUCUCAGUUACAACAACUGAACCUCCGGCUCCAAGGGAGAGCAAGUCGAGCAAAAAGCAACCACCGUGGGUACCUACAAUGCCAAAUUCCAGUCAUCUGGAUGCUGUUCCACAAGCAACUCCCAUAAACAGAAAUCGUGUUUACAAUAAGAAAAUACGUACAUUCCCGAUGUGUUUCGACGAUACGGAUCCGACGUUGAACGUGGAAAACUCUUCUCAAACGGAAGUCUUGGUUCCAAUCCGAUUGGAUAUGGAAAUUGAGGGACAAAAGCUGCGUGAUACUUUUACUUGGAAUAGAAAUGAGUCAAUGAUAACACCGGAGCAGUUCGCAGAGGUUCUCUGUGAUGAUUUGGACUUGAAUCCAACGCCAUUUGUGCCGGCUAUAGCCGCCGCUAUUCGUCAACAGAUUGAAGCUUAUCCGAGCGAGCCGAUUGUACUCGAGGAAGGUUCCGAUCAACGCGUGCUGGUCAAAUUGAACAUCCACGUUGGAAACACUUCGUUGGUCGACCAGGUCGAAUGGGACAUGGCCCAGAAGGAUAAUAAUCCGGAGGAUUUUGCUAUCAAGCUAUGCGCUGAGCUAGGGUUGGGAGGGGAAUUCGUUACAGCUAUUUCCUACUCGAUUCGUGGUCAGUUGUCUUGGCAUCAGCGAACUUACGCGUUCAGCGAAGCACCGCUUGCCACGGUGGAGGUUCCCUUCAGGACGCCAAGCGAUGCGGAUCAGUGGGCACCAUUCCUGGAGACGCUCACCGAUGCCGAAAUGGAGAAAAAGAUUCGUGAUCAGGAUCGCAACACCAGACGUAUGCGCCGGUUGGCUAACACCUACACGUAGAUAUAAUUUUAAAGUAGAUGGUAAGGUAAACUAAUUUGUGACUUUCUGAGUACAGCAAAAUAUAUAUGUCCGUAUAGUGAUUGAGUAA